CACGGUGCUCUCUCCACCGUUGAACAUGCGAAUCCAGGUUUCUUGAUGAAGUCAACUUUGGCUUCGCGAUGCAUGAUGCCGCCGAGUGGAGAGGUCCCCUCAGUACGGCCACCACUCAGCACCCAGAGUAGUACCACCGUAUUCAGAGGUCGCCGUCUGAUGUAGCAUUCACAUCCACGGCCCGUGGAGCGGCGCACUUCCACGAGAGUUCUCCCCUUUUUUUUCCUCCAGCAUGCAUCUUAUCUUUCUGAAAUUCCUGUGUUUUCAUGUACUGCUACACGCUCUUGCUCGAGUAGCCGAUACUACUCUACAAUCUACAUUCCCUCUCUCUUUGCCCUUUCGAUUUGUACUUGUACCAUAUACGCGAGUAGAGUUAUCGAGUAGAGUCAGCUCAUUGGUCGCCUUGGGUGCAGCGAUGUGUGGUGAUCCCAAGGGACAAGAAUAACCUAUCCACUUCGUCGAAAUGGCCGCAGCCGACGACAUCGAUAAUCGCAAGUUGGACUUUGACGUAGUGGAAUCGCUAACUCCACCAGUUGCAUCCGCCGGGUCAUCCAAUAAUAAUCGCCAGCAGCUAUACACAAAUCCCCAUCUUGCUGAACCCGUUGGUCCUCCUGCCACGAAGAAGGAGGUCUGGGCCUACUAUACUUAUUACGCGGGGAACAACGGAAUUGGGGCUUUCCAGUAGUAAGUGCCUGUAAUCUUACCCAGCCACUUCGCAAAGUCACUGGACAUCCAACCUUGAGCAGGAUGCGCAACUAACGAAAAUCCUACAGUUCGAAUCUUCUCUUUCAAAACUUGAUCUUCCAAGCUGGUUUCAAUCCCAAUGUGUUGCCCCUUGGUAGUUCGUCCUGCGAUGUCGACCCAACAGCUCCUUGCCACGUUUUCUGGGGAGGGGGAAAUAAGACUAAAGAGUAUUCCUCCGUUGUACUCAUCGGGACCGGCUUGACCUUCCUCUCCCAGGCAUUGCUCUUCCUGGGAGUGGGUAGUCUAGCUGAUUAUGGCAAUUGGAAUCCUUGGGUCGUAAGAAUCUUUUCCGUGUUGUGUUGGGCAUUUGAAUUUGGUUUCCUGGGCGUUACCACGGCUUCACAAUGGCGAGUAGCCAUGGCAUUGUUCAUUUUGAGCAGUACGCUGGUCCUUGUCACAUAUACUGCAACCAGAACACUGACGGCGAAGCAGGUGUUACUUUCUGGGCCUCUUAUGUCUUCUUCAACGCAAUAUUUCCCAAACUGGCUCACGACCUCCCCGAAGUACGAUCAGCCAGAGAGCAACUCUUGAAUCAAGAAAUCGACGAGGAGGCAUACGAGAGAAAAUGCUCGCUGGCGCGGUCCAAAAUUAUGAACAUAAGUUACGGCUGGAACAAUGUUGGUUUUGUAGUAUGCUGUGCGCUUUCGCUAGCAGCCUUGUUCGGGUUGGACGCCGAUAAUUCGAUCGAACAAAACAAUCUUGGAUAUUCAGUCGCCGUGGCUGUUUGCACUGCAUUUUGGGUCAUACUUGCAAUUCCGUGGUUCUUGUGGGAAAAGAAGCGUCCAGGACCACCGUUGCCAAAGAACGAUAAUUACUUGAUUUUCGGUUUCAAACAGAUGUUAUUUGCUGCUAAGCAAGUAUUGACAUUGAAGCAGACCUCUUUCUACCUCAUUGCAUUCUUCCUACUCGCAGAUGGUGUUUCGACAACCAUCACUUUGACUUCAAUUGCACAGACUCAGGUCGUUCAGUUUUCAGCAACCCAAAAUACUUAUUUUAUCAUGGUUCAAGGAGGCUCUGCUAUGGUAGCUGUGUUUGGAGCUUAUUACGUACAGGCGUUUUUCAAUUUUCGAACCAAAACUAUACUACAAGUAUCCAAUUUUGGUUGUCUUCUCCUGGCUCUCUGGGGCAUGGUUGGGAUUUGGACUGAUAAAUUCGGCUAUCAUAAUUUGUGGGAAUUUUGGCUCUUGAAUGCUGUAUAUGGUAUCACAUUCGGCAUUCAAUUCUCCUACGGCCAAGCAUUUAUGGCAGAACUGAUACCACGAGGGCGAGAGUAUAUGUUUUUUAGUCUGCUUGGUAUAGUCUCCAAAGGAUCCGCCUGGAUAGGUCCAAUUGUCAGCAGCGCCAUCGUUGAUCACACGGGUAACCAAUGGACGGCAUUCCCUUUUAUUGCGGCGCUCAUAUUCGUUCCUUGGGUUGGCAUCUUCUUCAUCAGCGAGAGCAAGAGCAGAGUGGAGUGUGCUGAAUAUCUCGCACGAGAAGCGGCAGAUUUGAGAAAGGUUCGUCAUGAAGAGGUACUGGUGAAAAGUACGACUAGGAUCUAAAGAAUGAUACCCCACAACGACGGCAAUGUGUCGUGCGCAUAAUAUUCAAAGCCCCAUAUAGUUUGGGUAUACUUUGAGAUGACAUUUAGGAAUACAAGUUUGAAUUGUCGGUUCGAAUCAAUAGAGCCAAGAAAUCCCGCAAGUCCAGACUCUGCGUGUUAAUAUUUAUAGUGAGACGAAGCCGCAAAGAUGCCGACUUGACUGGGGCGUAGCUUUGGGAUAACUGCCGUAACAAUGUUCCGUGAGCCCUGUGGGCGCGGGCUCUUAUUCCUGCAAAGUGUGUUUUACGAAGUACAUCGUAUUUCGCACAAAGCAGGAUAUCCCCUCCUUUGAUGUCAAAGGCGGGUCGUUUCUGGAACAACACUAGUCCAAACAGAGGAACUACAAGUAUUGCAAACACUACACCAGCAAGUCCCCUUGAGUCCAAGGGACAAACUCUGGAGCUCAACUAAACAGUACUGGGAAUAUGCAUGUUACAGUACCUAUGGAUUUGAGAUACUACUUUUACUUGGGUGCACUGCUUCAUCUCAAUUGAUGCUGUCUCUUGGAUCAGUCGAGUGUUCCAAUACUGUACGGAGGUGAUACCUCUGCCCCACUCGACUACUGCAGUGGACAUCGACCAUCUUCCCCGGUACUGCAGACAGUCUCCCAGAGUGCCUCCGUAUGGUGUGACCGUGUGAUGGGCUGAAGGGUUCCUCUCCUGCCCAUGUCCUGGAAGAAUCCAUUUCAUAUGUUGCCAAGGCUGAAUAGCCCAUCUAAAUUGUGGUGAUGAAAGAUCGCCCCCCUUUUCCGGCCCCGCUUGUGACGAGUGCCCAACCACUAAUAUUUCCGUCGCCUUCCUUGUACCCGGAAAAAGGUCCUAGAUCAAUCAUUUUGCCCGCAACCCCUGUACGGAGUAUGAAAUAGUAUCCGACCUCAACUCUUCAACUCUCCACACAGAGUUGCCGUUGGCCACAUGCUUUUCCCGUGGCAAUCUACAUAUACCAAAUCAACUCAGCUUUGUAUGUAGAACCAUAAUCGCAAAAUCAAGACGUCGAAAAUGGCACCCGGUUUAGGAAUCAAGACACCAGUCCCACGAACAAGAACUGGUGAGCUCACCACAGACACGAACAGGAUGCGGAGAGUCACUAACAGAAGGCAAGGCUGCUUGACGUGUCGAAAACGAAAGGUCAAGUGCGACGAAUUGAAACCCAGCUGUGGAAGAUGCGUUAGGCUUCAAAGAGAGUGUGUUUGGAGCGAGGACUUGCAAGUAAUGCAGCAAGGAGCCCAACAUCAAGACACGAUAUCCUCAAUCAUCACCACUGGGUCCCGGGGUCUUGCACUUCAAUUGAAUCAACCAUCUGGCCAGGGAUUUGUGGUGGAAUUCCCAAGUGCUGACAAAUCCAUGAUUCCUUACAUUCAUCACUUUGUCACAUUUUGUUGUCGUUUCUUAGCAUAUCCAAACGAUGGCGAAGGAAAUCCCUUUCAAGAGGAGUUAGUUCCACUAGCAACCUCGUCACCUGCUUUAAUCCAUUCAAUGACUGCCCUCGCUGCCGCACAUCUCUCACGGAGUCAACCUCAGCAUGAAAUUACGGCAGUAAGACAUUACUCAAUGGCACUUCGAGAAUUGAAUGCAUCCUUGUCUGAUCCGACACUAGCACGCUCCGACUCAGUAUUGGGAGCAUGUCUACUUCUCUGUGUUUACGAGGUAAUCUACUAGUUAGCUUUCCAGUUUGGACAUCCAUUUAACCUCUUCUAGAUAUCACAUUCGGAUAGCUCACUCUGGCUGGAGCACCUUCAAGGCGCGAGAGAUUUGAUACAGUUUCGUGGUGGUCCAAAAAUCAGCGACUAUCUGACAAGAUUUUUCUCUCUCCUUGACGUCUCUGGUUCGCUCACUUCAGGCGGUGGGACCUUGAUUCAAGGAAAUUACUGGAUCGAUCCAAAUAAAAAUAUAGACGACAAGCUGCUCCGUUGGCCCUAUUACGAUGAGAGCCAUGUUAUGGUCAAUAACUUCCACGAAUUAAUGGUAUACAUGGCAAAACUCUCACGUCUUUCUUCCGAGGCCAUGGGUGAACUGGGCCAGACUAACCCAGAAUACAUUAAAAAAAAUGCCAUCGAAAUCGAAGAAGAACUUCGAGCGUGGUGGAAUCGAUGUCCUCCUGCAUUAAGAGACCAAAGCAAUGACUGGAGACGACUACCGAGAGAGCACAAAUUGACAGUCCCGGAAACACUUGAGGAAGAAUCUUUCUCAAGUACGAAGUCCUGUAUGUUUGGCUGUAUUAUUUAUGUACGACAUAUUCUCGAUCCUUUAGGA